AUGAUUCUUGAAAAUAACUCAAAAUUACUGACAAUUAGUCAACAUAGUAUGUUACUCGUGACAUCGCUCACAAAUGGAUUUCGAAAAUUUCUAACAAGAUUCUCAGGACGAAGACGCGAACUUGAUAAGCAUAUAAGCAUAAUAAAAUCAAAAUCUUCUAGAAAUCCAAAUGGACACAGUCAUUAUUUUAGUAAUUUUAAGAAUUGUAAAUUCAACAUAGUAUCUACACUAGUUUUAUGCUUAUUAUUAAAUAUAAUUGGAAUUACAGAGGCUUGUACAAGUCGAAAUGUUCCGAGACCUCGCACAACAACUUCAACAACUUCUACAACGACAUCAGCUCCCACAACAACACCAAGACCAAAUAUUACAUUCCCAACAUUUAAAUGUCCGGGUGACUACGCUAAAUGGUACUGCCUAAACGGUGCAACAUGCUUCGCCGUACAAAUUAGUGGAGAAUAUCUAUUCAAUUGCGAAUGUCGAGACGGCUACAUGGGCCCGCGUUGUGAGUACAAAGAACUCGAGGGAUCAUAUUUAGCAACAAGACCUCGUGUGAUGUUAGAAACAGCUAGUAUAGCUGGCGGUGCGGUUGUAGCGAUAUUUUUGGCAUUUGUUGUCGCUAGUUUUGCCUACGUGCGAUGGCAUCAAAAUAAGAAGCGUGAAUUAUUAGAGAUUGAAAGUUCUCAACAUCCGCAAAAUGGACAUGCAACAAAUGGACAUUACAAUGCCGGUGCAGAUGUUGUUGAUGGACGAUGUAAUUGUCAGCAAUCGCAAGUAGCAGUAGCAUAUAGUAGUCAAGUCGAUAGUAAUUUAAGAAAUGGUGAUAAUAAUGAACUUCAGCAUCCCCAGCAGCAACAAUUCCAAACUGUAUGUCACGAGCAUGUGCAUAGAGUACCAAUGCGUCCAUUCGGACCACAUCAUGAUUACCAAAAAAUUUCUAUGAGCGAUGCGAUAAUGCAUAGGUAG